GAGAAGAGUCUCUCCAGAUCAGAACACCAGAUGGACAACGCUAGCCCUUCCUUCCUCCCAGAGUCCCCGUGUCGUACCUCUCCCAGUAGCACCUUACUGCUGGGUCUGAAGAGGUUGUCUGUGCGGCUGAUGGACUGCAGGAAAACAACGGGGCUGAGUGGAACUGUGAGAGGAGGAGAAGAGAAGAAAGGAGCAGAUUUGACUCAUCAAAGAGAAAGACCAGAUUCAGAGACGUCCAAACCAGCAAGACGAUUCCACUGCACCCACUGUAGAAAAGGUUUUAAUCAGUUAAGGGUCCUGAAACAACAUGAGAGAAUACACACAGGGGAGAAGCCUUUCCAAUGCUCUCAGUGUGGAAAGAGUUUUUCCCAGUUAGGACACCUGAAACGACAUGAGAGAAUACACACAGGGGAAAAGCCUCAUCACUGCUCCCAGUGUGGAAAGAGUUUUAACCAUUUAAGGUACCUGAAACGACAUGAGAGAAUACACACAGGGGAAAAGCCUCAUCACUGCUCCCAGUGUGGAAAGAGUUUUAACCGGAAAGAAUACCUGAAAGAGCAUGAGAGAAUACACACAGGGGAGAAGCCUUUCCAAUGCUCCCAGUGUGGAAAGAGUUUUUCCCAGUUAGGAAACCUGAAAGUGCAUGAGAGAAUACACACAGGGGAAAAGCCUCAUCACUGCUCCCAGUGUGGAAAGAGUUUUAACCGGAAAGAAUACCUGAAAGAGCAUGAGAGAAUACACACAGGGGAGAAGCCUUUCCAAUGCUCCCAGUGUGGAAAGAGUUUUUCCCAGUUAGGACACCUGAAAGUGCAUGAGAGAAUACACACAGGGGAAAAGCCUCAUCACUGCUCCCAGUGUGGAAAGAGUUUUAACCGGAAAGAAUACCUGAAAGAGCAUGAGAGAAUACACACAGGGGAGAAGCCUCAUCACUGCUCCCAGUGUGGAAAGGGUUUUUCCCAGUUAGGAAACCUGAAAGUGCAUGAGAGAAUACACACAGGGGAAAAGCCUCAUCACUGCUCCCAGUGUGGAAAGAGUUUUAACCGGAAAGAAUACCUGAAAGAGCAUGAGAGAAUACACACAGGGGAGAAGCCUCAUCACUGCUCCCAGUGUGGAAAGGGUUUUAACCAGUUAGGGGACCUGAAACGACAUGAGAGAAUACACACAGGGGAGAAGCCUCAUCACUGCUCCCAGUGUGGAAAGGGUUUUAACCAGUUAGUUCAACUGAAACAGCAUGAGAGAAUACACAGGGGAGAAGCCCUACCACUGCUCCCAAUGUGAAAAGAGUUUUGCCAGG